AGAAAUGCGUUCGUUCGAGAGAUUGCAGCGAAGUCACUCGAAUUAAAUCCGGCCAAUGUAUUGCCGAAGCUGGUGUAUAACAAAUGUUGAUUCGAUCGUUUUUAUUGUAAACCUUAAAAAAAUAGAUAUAGAAUCAUCAAGAAAUGCGCGCAAUUUGCUUACAUAGUGUUUCUUAACGUACCUACUAUGGAGGAAAUUCUUCAACAAUUGGGUGUUGGAAUUCGACCUUUAAAUGAUCCUUUUUUCGAUGAUUCUUAUAAAGUUUGUAAGGUUUUUCAAAGAAAAGGUGUCACGAUUGACGAUGAAGAAGAACUCUGUCACGAAGUUAUCAAGGAGUUCUCAUGCUACGUACCAGGAUGCAAGAACACUUUUCAAACAUUACUUGAUUAUGAAAUGCAUUAUAAUAGCUCUCAUCGAUAUGCUUGUACUGAAUGUAAAACAUCCAGGCCAAAUCCACGACUAUUAGAGAUUCAUAUUCAAGAAACACAUGAUGCCUUUUUCAAGGUUUUGUCCGAGAAACAAGCUAUGUAUCAAUGUUAUGAUUCUGAAUGUAACAUGAAAUUCAACGAUCCAACAGAAAGGAAGGACCAUUGUAUUAAAAUACAUAAAUUUCCAAAGAAAUAUCGGUUCGAUGAUACACCACACCAUAGCAAGGAAGAGGAAUCAAAUAAAAUGGAACUUGACAUUGUUAAUAAUAAAAAGAAGAAGCCUACUAAGGUUGAGAGCCGGCCUCCAAAUCCAAAUAUCGAGAUAUUGGUCAGCAUGUCAUAUGGUCGCUAGCCAGUGGCCGCGUGGGCGAGUAAAGAUUGCAGAUGCGCCAGACCAACCCUCCAUAAUAAUAUCGAAAGGGUAGGCUGUGUCACAAUCCUUUUUGCUUUGUAUUGGAGAAUACAGAGAACACACCGUUACAAUGAGGACCAUGCGAACCAGGUAACGGUAAAUGCACGGUAGAAUUCUAAAAGUGUGUCAAAAGACCGUCAGAACCUUCCCAGAACUAAUCUCGAAAACGUGACGUCCCGAAAAUUACUUUCCAUUCGCGCAGGCAUUACUUUGAUCGAUUAUGCGAAAUAGAAAUAGAAAUGUAUCGAUCGUUGCGAUCUCAAUAACAUCUUUGAUGUUCAUUAAAAAAUCGUAAUAAACGAUUUAAAACAUUUCUCACAAAUACUACCACUUCCUCGAUAUGAUCUUUUUUUAUUCCAAAAAUACUUUUAUAACAAUUUUAUUAUCAAAUACAUAAAUUAUUUCUAAAGUCUAAAAUUCCCGAUGAGUAGAUUAAUAAAGAUCAUUUCUUCAUUAUAUUUUUAUCAGGAAUACAUAUCCACAUUACAUUUGAUGAUGUUAUAACGAGUUAUUUUUAGG